AUGCCAAGGAGACGAAACGGUGAGAUACCCUUGCCCGACGGAUGGGAUUUUGCGAGGGACUUUGACGGAAAACUAUAUUUCAUCGAUCAUAAUAACAGAAAAACGACGUGGAUCGACCCGCGAGACAGAUAUACUAAGCCACAGACCUUUGCAGAUUGCAUUGGCAAUGAGCUGCCACUCGGUUGGGAGGAAGCUUACGAUCCCGGAAUCGGACCUUAUUACAUCAAUCAUGUCAAUCAGGUGACACAGUUAGAAGAUCCGAGGUUAGAAUGGCUCAGCAUACAAGAAGCUAUGCUGAGAGAUUACCUCCACACAGCACAAGAGGCAUUGGAGGCUAAGAAGGAGAUGUACGAUGUCAAAAAGCAGAGGUUGUGUUUGGCCCAGGACGAGUACAAACACCUGAACAACGCUUUGUCAACCCUAGCAGCGUCGAGGACCAGUUUAUGCUCGUCGACGACUUCAAUGACAACGACCUCGACGACCUCCCGUCAUGAUCCCGAUCAGCUCCGAGUGGAGGUCACGCAAGCAAGGGGGCGAGUCGCACAGUUAAGAAAGGAGUUGCGGCAAGCAAGGGCUGAAGUGGCAAGCGCUAGGAGAGGGGUGCAUACUUUGGCCGAAGUGGAACAAAAAAUCAAUUCGCAACAAGGUUGCUACAAUAUUACGGAGGCUCAAGCGAUCAUGACUGAGCUGAAGAACAUUCAGAAGUCUCUUACAUCGGGGGAGAAAGAGAGGGCAGAUUUAAUGCAAUCACUUGCAAAGUUAAAGGAUGAUCUUACGAGGCUUCAGCUUGGUGAUGCGUCACCAGAUCUGUCGACAUUAAGUCUUCCACAGGAGAAAUUGAGCACGGCAUCCCAAACUGACCUCUGUGCCGACUUGGUGCCAAUUCAAACUAGAUUAGCUGAAAUGGCAAGAGUUCGGUUCCAAUAUGACGAAGCUAGAAAAAGGAUACAACAAAUCCAGCAACAGCUUGCAGAUUUAGAAGAUAAAGUUCAACCUGGUCAAGCGGAAUCUGAUAAGGACCGACUUUUAUUAUUCCAAGAGAAAGAGCAAUUGUUACGAGAACUCAGGAGUAUAACUCCAAGGACGAGGUCGAAGCAAGAAAUGAGUGAUAUCCAAACAGAAUGUAAGAGAUUAGAACAAGACUUGAAGAAUGCUUUUGAGAUGUCAAAUAAAUGUAUAGCGGAUAGAUUAAGACUUCACGAAGAAAAACAGCUACUUUUGCAACAAUUGAAAGACGCUCUUACGUCGAUGACGACUUUAGAAGGGCAAUUAAAGACAUUGUCAGCUAGUACAUUGUCUGUUUCGAGUAGUUCCAGCUUGGGGUCUUUGUCUACAGCUAGCAGUAAAGGCUCUUUAAGUUCUGGAAUCAGUUUUACGGAUAUUUAUGGUGGCCCGCAGAUAACUAGUUCUUUCCAAGUGGACAAACCUGUGGAUAUGGUUGAUCUACAUCGAAGAGUUGAAAGGUUACUUAGAGGCUCCAGUUAUAACGCAGACAGUGGGACACCUGGAGCGAGCAGUUCCCAUUCACAACCUUCAUUAUCGCCAAGAAGUAGCUUAUCCUCAGCCAGCCCUCCGCCGCCACCGCCUUCGUACACACAGGUUGAAAGGCAAAGGCGGCAGCAGAAAGAAUUAGAAGAGAAGCUCGCUGAAAUGAGGAUAGAUGUUGCCACUGGACUAAAUGAACUUGCAACAAUUCCAGUUCAAUUACAAGGCCCUGGCCGACCCAGUGAACCGUUAUCGCCCAUCUCCGAAACUCCCCCGCCACCGUUGUCUCCUCGAACACCCUCUUCUAGUGGUACAAAUACUAGAUCAGUGUCGGCAGCAGUGAGCGACGAGUCCGUGGCGGGCGAUUCUGGAGUGUUUGAAGCGGCGCAAGCGCAAAAUGAUCCUUCCAAUGCCGUGAACAGUGCGCAAAUUGAGAUCAAAUUGCGCUACUGUCCAGAUGAAACCGCAUUGGAGAUCGGUAUACUGCGCGCGCGUAACCUUCACGCCUUGUUCAUAGACGUAGGAACUGAAGUUGCGGUUCGUGGAGCUCUGGUAGUAGGUGGGGGCUGCGGAGUCCCAUUCAGUAGUCCCGCGUUGCCGUGGCGCGGCGCCGCCCUCAACUGGAGGCUGGUGCAGAGAGCCGCUGUUGCGGGACCCAGGGCCCUAAGAGCUGCCACCUUACAAGUUAAUCUUACUCUAGGAGCUGAAUGUUUGGGUUGCGCUCAAGUCAGCUUAGCGGAUUAUGAUCCGGAAACGGUUCUUCAGAAGUGGUACAACGUGCUCAGUUUCCGUUGCAUGCGAAGGGACGAGAGCUCCGAUGAAUCUACCGUCAUAUCCUCCCAGACUUCUACUCUAACGAGAAACAGAGGUCCUGAAUGUAUGAUGGGCGGGGAUAAUGUGGACUGUGGAGAUAAUUCAGCAUCUGACGAUGACGAGUCUAGAGAGCCACUAAAUCAGAUAGUAGAAGAAGACUCUUUCGAGGACUACAUUCCUGAGGACAUAGCAUUAGAAGAGGAAUUCCUCCAUCCGUCUACUGCCGAGAAAGAGACCAACACUGAAUGUAACUUUUGCCCAGAGGGAGCGAAACAAUUGCACAAAAGGAAAAGUCUACAAGUAAACACAAAUCCUGAAGAACCUCAAGCUACAAUAAAAAGAUCUCAAACUUUCUCACCCCAACCACAGAGCAUCGGCAAAGGGCAAUAUAUUUGCAGAUUAAACCGUUCCGAGUCGGAUUCAUCUAUGGUGCAAUACGCAAGAAGGGUAACGUUGCAGCCACCUCCUUCUGGCAUACCUUUUGAUCGAAGCGUGCGCGAGCGCAGAUCACUAAGAUGGGGCCGCGUUUCUGGUGGAGCAUUGCGUCGUAGUUCGACGCGCACGCGCACCGCCCGCACAUCACUCGAUCUAGCUCUGGAUCUACGUGCACAAAACGAUCGUUUGGCCGAUCUGCGCAAUGAGAUCGCCCAUCUAUCUCAGUUGAAGAAAAGGUUAGAAGAAGCGUGCGCUCGCGGCGAUCCUGCAGUGGCUGCCUGGGUGGCUGAAGACGAAUCUCUGAGGAGGCUCCUGUCGAAUACCACGGACCCUGGAGAUAAGGCCACCAGGCUCCUUCAACGUACAUGCCGUGAGAUCUACCGGCUGAGGAAGUCUCGUCAAGGGGGGAGGAAACCGGAUCUCGUCACCUUCAAAGAAAAGAUGGCAUUCUUCACUAGAAGCAAGAGCACUGUACCGAUUUUGCCAAACGAGGAAGAUGCAGCAUCUGAAGAUGACUGGGAAGAUGAAUUGGAAGAAAGGCGGACUCCAGACGGACGCUCGUCCAAAACAUUCUACGAGCUACGCGGUCUCAUGGAAGCGUCAGAGAAAUCCGACAAGGCUAAACAAAAUUCAAUCGAAAAUAAAGAGGAACAAGUUAUAGAAUGCAAGAAUCCAUGUAUCAACGAGCCCUGCUACGAAGACCUGCCGAAGUGUGAGGAUGCAAACGUUGAAGAGAAAGAAGCCAAGACUGAUAAUGUGAGAUAUGAAUUUGUUGUUGAUAGAGUACUGGGUGUUCAGGUUUGA